UUCUCCAUAAAAGGCAUGGCACCACGGCCUCCGGUGCCACUCGGCGCUUGGCUCUCCCUCGAGCCUCACCUGCAGAGACCGACGCUCCGAGCCCGGGUUCCCUCCUGCGUCCGCCAUGCGCCUCGUGGUCUGCCUGGUCUUCUUGGCCUCCUUCGCCCUGGUCUGCCAAGGCGAAGCGUACAGGGGCGGUUACAGGCCCGAUACCCAGGCCACCACCCAUUGGAAGACCACCGCUCAGACCUGUUUGCAAUGCAUGCUACAGACUUUCCGUCUCAGAUGCUCGCAAUUGCUGCAUCAAGUUCGGAAGCUGUUGUCACUUAGUAAAA